UGGAGCUCAUUAAUUUAUCUUCGAAACCUCUUCAGUUUGACAACAUCGUUGGAGGCUCUCUGUGUGCAUUUUACUAUGUGUGCUUUUGCGUAUUUUUGUGGAUGUUGAGAACUUCUGUGUGGAAAAAUUUUCAAUUUGAUAAGUUUUUACACAUUGCAAUGAAUGUUUGGUAUUUUCAAGUUAUUUUGUGUUUUCACAUAACCGUUGCAUCUCUUACAUUUUUCUUCUCAAAUUAAAUUAUUCUUAUAUUUAUUUCCCUCCUUCUAGAUAAUGAUGCCAUGUAAAAAAGAGUAUUUGAAUCCUCACAGAUUCAUCUCUUGCAUUGAAAGACACCCCCCCCCCCUUUCUUUCGCAGUCUCACUGAUAUGAUCUUGUUGCAUUCCAUUAUUUUUUUUGUUAUUUGACCAAUAUUUCUUCUGUUAUUCAUGAAAGAAAGGCACCAAGUUGCGGAAUUUGUGAAUUUCAUUCUGACCUGUUUUGUACUGUGAUUUGUUGGUUUUUAAGAUUUUGUGGUUAAGUUUGAAAUUAAUUUCUGUAGGGAACUUCUUUGGGUGUCAGUGGCAAGGAUGAUAUUAUGAGCUUGUACACAAAGAUUUUGAAGUCAUCAGGAAAACCUUUUCUGCAGAAAGAAAAUGAGGAGGUGAUGAAGUGGAUAGAGUUUGCAGAGAGUUUUCCUGUAGACUGUCAGGCGUGCUUAGAUGCUCUCACUGGAUUCAAUCAAGACUUGGCUCAGAAGUCUAUACUCUUGGGCAAUGGAACUACACCCUCUGAGGCUGAUGUCAUUGUGUUUUCUGUUAUACAUUCUUCAGUGAUUGGCCUUUCACAUUUAGAGAGAGAGAAAUUGACACAUGUGAUGAGAUGGAUGGACUACAUUCAGGAGGAGUUUGCAGAUCUGUUUGAAAAGAUAUUGCUCAAAAAACCUGCAUUUGAGUUUCUGGGUACAAAGGGUAUGGCUAAAGUUGAAGUGGAUUCAAAUGCAAAAAAGACUCUUGAAAGCACUAAGAACACAGAAAAAUCAGAAGCAGACAAGAGUACAAAGAAAAAUAAAAAGGUUACAGAAAAUAAGGAACCUGUGCCAGAGAAAAAGAAACCGUCUGAAAAGGAACCUGCUGAGAAAGAUAAAGAACUAAGUGUUAGUUUGCUGAACAUACAGGUUGGCCUUAUUCGCAAAGCAUCGAAACAUCCAUCUGCUGAUAGUGGAGAAGGUGAUGGGAAACUAUGGAGAUCAACCUCAUGUUUUAGCAGUGGACGACAACCUGAUUGACCGAAAACUCGUUGAAAAGUUGUUUAAGAACUCUUCUUGCAAAGUCACCACAGCAGAAAAUGGGCUAAAAGCAUUGGAGUAUUUGGGGUUGGGCGUUGAUGGAAGGAACAAAUUAGACACUAAUGUUUCCAAGGUGAAUUUGAUCAUCACUGAUUAUAGUAUGCCUGGAAUGACAUGCUAUGAACUA